UCGUGGCUGCAGAUGCCAACGAGGCCCGAAACGCCCCCCACCUUCAGCUUAUGAAUCUUUCUCUCUGAGCCUACCUAUAUAGUACAACUGAGUCUGAUCUAUCUUCGCAAAGACCUUUAUCCGACGGUUUAUAUUAUCUUGUUAGCUAAAUUGACGUAUCGCCACUAUCGAGGUGAUCCUUUCGUCAGUCCUAUAUUCAGUACCAAGGUUCAAUAUACAUUUCAACUCAUGCCGAAGCGGUCCUUAGACAUAUCAUCCGCCAUGCCGGGCAACGAACGAGUCCCGCCUGUCAAGGUCCAAAAGACCGAACGAUCCCACGAAGAAAACCAAGAGAGGGCCUACAUUGCCGCGUCAAGACGAGCCGACCGAAGCCUGGAGGCUAGAGUACAGUCCGCCCGCCAGGCAUCUGAAAUUCACCGACGGCGGACAGGCCGAGGUCUCAAAGUGAGUGAGGAGAUCGUAUUGAAGGAAGAAAUGUACGAGGAAGAAGAGGACGACAUUCCCCGCCAUUACAAAUACCUUACUGCCCAUUUACAAACGAACUCGCCGGAUAUGAACCAUCGUGUGAAUGCGUAUAUCACCACACAAGCAGCGAUGGCCACCAUGGCCAGAUAUAACGAAGUGAAUCGACUUUUUAGCGAAUCGUUUCCAACUGCUAUGGCAUACCAACAGAAUUUGAGCAAUUCCAUGUAUAUGGCGCCGCUCAUGAACAACGACGGUAACUUUGCCCACCGGCUAUCCACAUCAGGCUCCAGCCAAGGAUCUCCAGCGACCAGAACUCAGUCAGUCUCUUCCCAAUCGCAGUUCGACAGGAGGGAUUCUAUUACGACUGGGAGCCCGAUACCUACUUCAGCUACAACGAUAUCGUCCCCGCCAGCAUUGACGCCUGCAUCGUCAACAGAUGCGGACAUGUCCGACUCGAAGAGCACACCGUAUCAGACUCCGUCUGCUUUCCCAGCUCUUCAUCUGGACCCACAGCUGGCACAGCAGUCUACAUCCUCUUCCAUAUUCACAUCUGAACUUCCAAAUGAAGUGAAGAUGAUGGCUAACAUCGACAUGAGCGAUCCAAUGGCGAUGCACUUUAUCGAUGGCAACCCUUCAACCUACCAAAUGUUUGGACCUUAUCCAAGCGAAAUCACGACACAAGAGGACAGCGUUAAGACCGGUACAGUGGACCAGGGAACCGAAACAUUCUCGCCAUAUAGCGAUCCUCUUCAAGACGACUGCUUCCCCACCUCAAUAGAUAGCACCUUGGGAUUAUCAGAUAUUCCCAUUGAUAGCCAUAGCCGUCUAGGUACACCAGCCGGCGGGACAGGGGGUGACGCUUGGGAGAGUUUCGUCGACUUCGGAUCGGAGCAAUAAUGAAAUAAUCUCUUCUUAUGACAUUGCUGCAGUAUUAACAUCUAACGAUGCGGCUUGUAUAUGUCUCAACUACCUAACCUACACAUUUUUCACAUAUAAA